UCUGAGUCUUGCAGCUGCCCGUUCUUCUCCUCCCGGGCUCCUCGGUCUUUGUGCCGUUUUUACCACGUUCUGUCCUACUCCGACCCGGCUCCUCUGCUCCUCUUUGGUUCCGGUCCGGUCGGUGUCGGUGGACCUCCGGCAUGGGGCGGCUGUAGCUGCAGCGGCUCCGCGGUGGCAGCUUCACUGCGCGGCGGCUUCCGGUGUCCGUCCGUCUGCUGGAGGAUGGCGUCCGGCUUCACCCGCAUCCCCUCCACCGCCGGUCCCCCGAGUCCCAAAAACACGGAAGGUUAUCGACCUUAGGCUGAAGACGGCAGCGACAGAAGCCCAUAAACCGCCGGUGAGCCGCCGCGAUAUCUCGAUCUUGGAUCACCACCAGCUCGGAGCACUCCCCGACCCCCCCUCCUCAGGACCGCCUCCUGUUCCCGUCCCUAGAGACUGAAGCCCCGUCCGGAGCGGAAGGAUGACGGAGGCGUGGCAGCAGCAGCAGCACGCGGUGGCUCCUCCCUCGGUGGUGCACACGCUCCCCCAGACCACCGACAACCCCCUGGGCUGCGCCGUGUACGGGGUCGUCCUGCAGCCGGACACGAGCCUGCAGCAGCACGGACAGCAGCACACAGUGCAGACCCAGCAGCCAGCUCUGCAGGUCGGGGGUGAGCGAGGUCAUAAAUGUGGGGCAUGUGGUCAUGACAUCUCCCACCUGGCCAACCCCCAUGAGCACCAGUGCAUGGUGAGUCAGGACCGCUCGUUCCAGUGCACCCAGUGUAUGAAGAUCUUCAGCCAGGCCACGGACCUGCUGGAGCACCAGUGUGUCCAAGUGGAGCAGAAGCCCUUCGUCUGCGGCGUCUGUAAGAUGGGCUUCUCUCUGCUCACGUCGCUGGCGCAGCAUCACAACUCGCACGGCAAUGGCAACAACCCCAUGAAGUGCUCCAUCUGUGAGAAGACGUAUCGACCCGGCUCCGGCAACGCCACGCCCACCUCGUCGGCCGCCAACCCCCAGCAGCCCUCUGCCGGGGAGUCGUCAGGAGGGGCCACCAUCAGUGCCUCGUCCCCGCCCGCAUUCGAGGCCUCCGCCCCUGACCGGCCCUACAAGUGCUCCGUGUGCCACAAGUCCUUUCGCCAUCUGUCGGAGCUGACGCGCCACGAGAGGGUGCACACGGGCGAGAAGCCGUACAAAUGCGACACGUGCGACAGCUUCAGCCAGUCGUCGCAUCUGGCUCAUCACCAGCGCACACACAGCUCCGAGCGGCCGUACAAGUGCGCCGUGUGUGAGAAGAGCUUCAAGCACCGCUCCCACCUCGUACGCCACAUGUACGCACACUCCGGCGAGCACCUGUUCAAGUGCAAUUUGUGCGAGAUGCACUUUAAGGAGUCGUCGGAGUUGUUGCAUCAUCAGUGUCAGCCCGAAGGCGAGCGGCCAUUCCGCUGCGGCUCCUGCGGGAAAAGCUUCAAGCGGCCAUCCGACCUGCGGCAGCAUGAGCGCACGCACUCCGAGGAGCGUCCGUUCCAGUGCGAGGAGUGUCAGAUGAGCUUCAAGCAGCAGUACGCGCUCGUACGCCACCGCCGCACGCACAAGAACCCGGCAGACCGGCCCUUUAAGUGCAACCUGUGCGACAAAGGCUUCCUGCAGCCGUCCCACCUGCUCUACCACCAGCAGGUCCAUGGCAUGGAGAGCCUGUUCAAGUGCGCCUCCUGCCAGAAGUCCUUCAGCCAGUCGGGGGAGCUGCUGCGGCACAAGUGCGGCGGCGAGGUGGAAAAACCAUACAAAUGCGACGUGUGCGGUAAAGGUUACAAAAAGAAUUCGACGCUACAGCGCCACCAGAACUCUCACUGCACGGAGAAGCCUCUCAAGUGCUCGCUGUGUGACAAGCGCUUCGUGUCUUCGUCCGAGUUCGUCCAGCACCGCUGCGACCCAACCCGCGAGAAGCCGCUCAAGUGUCCCGACUGCGAGAAGCGCUUCCGGUACUCGUCGGAGCUGCAGCGCCACCGGAGGGUCCACACUGGAGAGAAACCCUUCAAAUGUGCCAGCUGUGACAAGAGCUUCAAACAGCGUGAGCAUCUGGCCAAACACCAGAGCGUCCACUCCAGAGAGACGCAGUUCAAGUGUGUGUGGUGCGGAGAGCGCUUUGUCGACCUGGCGGCGCUGCAGGAGCACACGGUGCAGCACACGGCUGAGGGCGAAAGUUUCCCAGAAGCCCCCUGCAUCCCAUGAACACUGCACCAACAGGGGUUGACCGAUAGCACAGAGAUAGAGAUCGG